AUGGCCAACUACAACGUCCGGCUGGUCAGCUUCACUGCAUGGCCCCGCCCCAAGAACCAAGUAUGGACUGGCGGCGGCGGCUUUAUUUUUGGACCUAAUGACCGCGUCGAAUGCUUUUCGUGUGGUCAAGGGUGGAGGCGUGGCACCCUGAUGAUGAUGUUUGGGAAGAACAUGCUAGAAUUGCACCUUAUUGCCAGAACACAAUCCACGAAUAACGGACAGCCAAGCCGCCUGAGUAAAAGCCACAUCCCAAAGUUCUGCGGCUCCGAGAUAGUUGGCGACGUUCGUUAUCAACCUGCAUUCAUGAUGAAAGAUUCCAGUGCGCGCGAAUGGAUUAAGAUAAGCAGCAAACUGAGCGUUUUAAAGACUGUCAUUCCCUACGCCAUUCAUGAAAUGGCUGUGUACGGCGACGAUCUGGCACGGAGCCGAGUUGAACAAGCACUGGAGACAGCGUGGGAAGAGCCGAUUCGGGCCGCUAAAGCUUCCCUUCAUUCACAAGAAUCUGAAGUCAAAGCAUCCAUACUGAACGUCGAGAAAAACCGAUGGCUUUCUUCAGACGGGAGUCGAAUUACACUAGUGACUUAUACCGUGGCGUUACUAACCACUGAAGAAUCUCUUCCUCCCAUGCUGCAGCGAAUGUCUCCCAUUAGCGUCGACCAUCUCGCGCAGACGCUGCAGCGCGUUAAUAUCUCGCUGUACGUCGGACCCAUCUAUCGCGCUUGGUUGGUGAAUAUGGGCAAUGCGUCGAGUAUUGCCGAAAAGAUACAAGAACUUCAGACACUGGCGAAAGCGGGGUUGGACCGAAUUACCUAUAUUUCUCAUGUGGAUACCGACGGCAAGAACGCACUUUUGCAACUUCUAGAGCCUCGGAUGUUCCCUGUGGAUGACACCGAUUCCAUUGCCAAAGUGGUUGUAGAACUGAAGUUGGACAGGAAAUGCCAGAGUGAACUGGAAGCCGAAGGGAUAUCCAGCAAGUCUGCCCUGUUGUGCCUUGGAGAAUCUUCCAAGUUCCCAAGUAACCUGGAUAUUGUGAGCCGUGAAGGAGUUCGUUGCAUCCUGGAGCGAUUCAUCCGGGCCGAGAACAGCGGCCGCGGUCGGGAAAAGCCACCCAAGCCAAAUCCCCCUUUCCGCGAAGCCAGCCCACCGCACGGCAGUCCUGGCCAGCGUGCAGUCAAAGGUCCCGCCGACCGCAAGGAGGUCAAUCUUCCCCGCAGCAGUGGUACCGCGGCAACAAAGUCCAGGAACAGCGAGUCAGCAAGUGAUCUUUCGUUGAAUGGAAACUACGUUACAAAAUUGUGCGAUCGCGAGUGGGGAAUGCCAGCGAGACCCAGCGAUGCCAGUUACCAGCCGGUGUUCAUGCUAAAGGACGCUGCCUAUCGGGAAUGGAUCAGCAUAAUCCACAAGCUGGGUGUUGUAGCGGCGGUUGGCUCCUUUGGAAUUCAUCAAAUGGCUGUGUACGGCAAAGAUCUCACACCGGAAAGAAUCGAACGAGCACUGAAUGCGGCUUGGAAAGUACCCAUGCAAGCUGCCGAAGAAACACUUUUGGAUUAUUUUCUUCGCUCGCAACACUUUAAAGUUCAAGCGUUCGUUAUAGAAAUCGACAAUAACCGGUGGUUUACACAAAAUGGGUUUCGCGUUGCACGUGUGACGUAUACGAUAGCAUUGACAUCUACUGAGGAAGAGCUUCCAUCCAUGCUGUCGCGAAUGUCACCCAUUGCAACUGACCAGCUGGCGGAAGCGCUUCAUCAAGAGAAUAUCUCGCUGCACGUCGGAUACAUCUAUCACUCCUGGCUUGUAGUAAUGAACACCACGUCUACCGUCGCUGAGAAACUGCAAGAACUGCAGGAUAUCCUGCCCAAUACAACUUUCUUGUGCGGCUCCCAUUAUGGCGAUUCUGAAGUGCAAAAUGCCCAUCCUGUGGAGAUUGUAGCCGGACCGUCGUUUAACGUGACCUACUAUGCAGGCUUGGCCAGAUGGAUGGGGAAUGAAGUGCCGCAUGCAGGUUCCCUGUACGGACACCGCAUCAUGACCCGAACGGUUCUACCGUUUCUGAUCAAGGUCAAUGGAAGCGUGAUACCUACUUCACACGAGGGAACCCUGCGAUAUCGCACUCAGCUGCCAAUCCUCGCGGAAUACGGUUACGAGCUGGAGAAAUGUGACUCACCGUUCCAGUUUAAAUUGGACAAUCCCAUCCACUUUCAGGAUCUGCUCGGCUUUGCAAACGGCAUAGCGAACAGCCUUCGACAACUCCUAAAGAAGUCCUCAGGCUUCUACAUUAGAAGUGAGCUGACGACUAAUGUCAUGUUAGCAUACAAACGAUUUGUGGGUUGCACUCCGGUCGGUCUUAGUCCGGACGGAAUGACCAUAUCGGUGCAGUUUUACGUCGGUCGAGAGAAUGAGCGAUUGAACGUAAAUAAAUUUCCGUUGGAUCCUAAUUUGCCACUCUACAAGCCUCUUUACAAAGCUUUGUAUGGACAACGAAUCCAGACCAUUGCAUUUCGGAACCGAAUCGAUGAUCCGGAGCAUUUAAUGGAGAACCCUCUGCCCCCACUGAUGGCCUUACCUCCAAUUUCCGACCGGUAUAAUUUAGACCUGAUCAUUGACGACAGCAGGGACGAGGCCGUAGUGCUUGGUUCAACGUUUCUCGGGCAAGUCGUAGGGUUGUUUGUCGCGGGCUUCAACGAGGCAAACCCUCUCCAGCUGAACGACAACCAGUUGAAUAUCACCCUGACCGGAUACGCCAGCAACUUUACUAGCCGCGAUCUGGAGAAUGUGCUCAGCUUCCGGUUUGCCGUACGGAAGGUAGGAACGGAUAGCCAGCUCAAUCUGUGGAAGUCCCCAAGAUAUGACGUACUCCGGAGUAUCAUUAAAAAGUUCAAGUACUCGUGGCGUUUGGCGUCCGCUAGUGACUCCGACGAUGGAGAUAGCGUUGUGCUGGCUACGGUAUUUAAUAACUAAGGAUCUCCCUUAUUACGGGCUAUGUCCUUGUUUGUUUGACUAUUUCGGGUCUUU